CGCGGCGAAUACAUGAAAGCUCCGAAAAUAACUCGUUACAAUCCUGUUCGCGUAUGUGUCAACACAUUCGAUUAUCGCGUGUACCUGUAGCGAAUCGUCCCGCAAAUUGACACUUCAAGUAUGAAAUUCGCGGAGCAUCUGAGCGCUCACAUUACACCGGAAUGGAGAAAACAAUACAUCAACUACGAGGAAAUGAAGGCCCUUCUGUACGCUGCAGUGGAGCAGGCUCCAUCGGCAGAUGUAAGCGAAGCACAUGUUUUGGAAAGCUACUUUAGCAAAUUUGAUGAGAAGUUUUUCCAUUAUUGUGACAAGGAAUUGGCUAAAAUAAAUACCUUCUAUUCUGAAAAACUGGCAGAAGCGACACGUAGAUUUUCCACGCUUAACAAUGAUUUGAGCGAGAUUCUGUCAGUUUCUGAGGAUGCUCAGAGUCGUAAGGCACGCUAUCGCAGUCACAUUUUGCAUAAGAAGCCAGUGUCAGCACGCAAACUCCAGGAACUGAAAUUGGCCUUUUCCGAGUUCUAUCUCUUCCUCAUUUUACUUCAAAACUACCAGAAUCUGAAUUUCACUGGAUUCCGAAAAAUCUUGAAGAAGCAUGAUAAACUUUUAAAUGUUGACAUUGGUGCCAAAUGGCGUGCAGAGCAUGUCGAUACGGCGGUAUUCCAUACGCGUAAGGAUAUAGAUAGGCUCAUUGUGGAGACCGAGGCUCUGGUGACUCGAGAUCUAGAGCAUGGUGAUCGUCAACGAGCCAUGAAGCGGCUCAGGGUGCCCCCGCUUGGAGAACACCUCUCUCCAUGGAUCACAUUUAAAGUAGGCCUCUUCUCCGGCGCUUUUAUAAUUCUUUUCAUAGCUGUGAUAUUGUCCGCCAUGCAAUACAAAAAGAAGGACAAUUGGACAGUAUUGUGUCGGAUUUACCGUGGACCACUUCUUAUGAUAGAGUUCUUGUUUCUCAUGGGAAUCAACGUUUACGGCUGGAGAUCUUCUGGUGUGAAUCAUGUGCUGAUAUUCGAGCUUGAUCCACGCAAUCACUUAUCAGAACAGCACAUCAUCGAAAUGGCAACCAUACUUGGCCUGGUCUGGUCUAUAUCUAUAUUGGGUUUCCUGUAUAGCGAUACAUUGGGUGUACCGCCGUUUGUUCAACCAGUACUAUUCUACAUGCUAUUGGCAUUGUUCCUGUUCAAUCCUACCAGGACGUUGCGACACGAGGCUAGAUUUUGGACUUUACGCGUUAUGGGUCGCAUCUUUUGCGCGCCCUUCUUCUAUGUGAGCUUUGCGGACUUUUGGCUCGCUGAUCAACUCAAUUCCCUUCACACAGUCUUCCUGGACUUUCAGUACUUCGUCUGCUUCUAUUUCCAGAAUUCUUCUUGGACCGAUGUUACGGAUACAGAAACUUGUAUAAUGCGUGAAUUGUCGAUGAGACCGUUCGUGGUGUGUCUACCGGCUUGGUUUCGAUUUGCACAAUGUUUAAGACGUUAUCGGGAUACGAAAGAGGCUUAUCCGCAUUUAUUGAACGCGGUAAAGUACGCAACGAGCUUCUUCGUCGUCAUUUUCUCUUAUUUGCACUUGACAAACAAGAAAUACUACGCGUUAUCUACUGAGAAUCCUUACUUUUAUUUGUGGCUCACAGUUAGCAUAGUAAGCUCUUGCUUCACAUACACAUGGGACGUGAAAUUAGAUUGGGGUCUCUUUGACAGUAACCCUGGGGAGAAUAAGUUCCUUAGGGAGGAAAUAGUUUAUUCGUCACCCUAUUAUUAUUAUUUUGCGAUGGUCGAAGAUUUUAUCUUGCGAUUUGGAUGGGCAUUCUCCUUGUCCCUAACAGAGAUGGGUUACGUCCAUGCAGAUCUUAUGGUUUCCAUCGUCGCUCCAUUGGAGGUCUUCAGGCGUUUCAUGUGGAAUUUUUUCCGGUUGGAAAAUGAACAUUUGAACAACUGCGGAAGGUUUCGAGCCGUGCGGGACAUCUCGGUUGCACCAGUUGACUGUUCGGAUCAGACGCAGAUAUUGCGAAUGAUGGACGCUUCUGACGGUGUUAUAAACCGCAAGAGAAAGCAAAAAGUUGACGAGAAGCGCAAACCGAUUCGGUUGCUCUUAAAAGGCGAAUCUCUCAUGGAUGACAAUUGAGGCGAGGAUUAUUUAUGCAUUAACUAUGCAUAGCUAAAUCAAUUUUUGUUCCGUCUUACAGUUUUGAUUUCAUCAACUAUUGUGAAAGCUAAUUAAACUGACAAAAGUAGGAAAAUGUGUUGGAUUGUAAAUUCUGGAAGAUUCAAACAUCAAAUCAUCAUUUGAUGUUCAUUGUGAGAUACAUUAAUUAAAUACGUUAAUAUAUCGAUGUGAUUAAAGAUUAUCUAAGUAAGUGAGUGUUCUUUGUCAUCGAGAAUCAAAUGAUGCAAAUAUGAAUCAAAAGAAUGAGAUUAUAUCGAUGUUAACAACUCAUGUACUUUUACUUCGAUUGUACCUUGACUAAAUAAAUGACUGUUACAAAAGAAACAUUAGUGAAACAUUAUGUUUCUAAGAACAAUCAGACGUCCAGACGGGUAUCAUCACGUUACUAGACCGGACAUUACAUCCAAAGUAUACAAUUUGAAAACGCUUUGAUAUUACUAUCAUUAUUCAAUGAUAUCCUCUUCCUGACAAUCCUGAAGUAAUAGAUUCAUCAGUAUCCACCAUCGAAACGUACAUCGUAUCAUAAAUUGGAGAAAACGUUAUCUAACAACGAAUGAACUCUGAAGAGUGAACGUCCCAGCAGACGAAAAGUGAACUAUAGCGAAUCUAGUAACCGGAACAAAUCCUCACAUGUGCGGAUGCGGGUGCGCGGUAUGGUGGGGGCACAUGCAGCUUAAUGACAUCUAAUACGUCCAUAUUAAUCGCCGGCAGAGGAGAAGCAAGAGGGAGAAGACGGAGGGAGAAUCGCGUUUUCGAAGAACGAAACUUGGAGUACUCGUGCGACAAGAGAGACAAGACGAAGGCGAGACGUGGGAGGGCGAAAGUCUCGGCGGUGGUCGGUUUAUUGAUUGAACAUGAAACGACGCAUCGAACCGCGCAAGCUCGCCGUCCGCCCUGAAUGAAGUGACGUGCUCUCUCGCAUAUGGAGACGCGAA